CCGAACGGGAAGCCGCCAGUCUCUGUUGGCAUAUCGGAGCUGCGCGUUCUCUCGCCUUUCUCGUUUUACGAACUCUCUCUCUCUCUCUCGUAACGCGUUUCCCGAGCGAGUGUUACCUCUCUGGGUAACAGUAAUAUUCGUACAGUAGUUCAAUGAUAAUAUCGUUCAAACGUUCGUAAAAUUAUCUAGUCGUAUCAUAAUUGUUCGAUCAAGAAGAUAUACAUAUAUAAAUUUAUAUCUUUACUUAUUACUGUGCAUCCUGUUCUUCUACAUUUCUACUUGGUCUGCGCAUUUAUUUAGGAAAAAGACAUACGGAAAACGCAUAAAAUACACAUCAAUCUACAAGUGUGGAAUUUACUGAAGCAACUUAACUGGCUGAAAACGACAACAAGAUUCGUAAUCAGUUGGAGUCAAUCGCGACGACGUCACGAAGGACAUCAUCGUUGUCGUCGUCGUCGUCGUCGUCGCCGUCAUCGUCAACACAUUCAAAUUGGGAGGAACCAUAACGAAUAUAAUAUUCCCUUAUUGGUGGGAAAAGGGUCGAUCGGGCGGUGGUACCACUCUCGAUUUAUCCAAGGUCGCUUCGAGCGAGAACAGCCCGAAGAUUUUUCCACCGAGGUCCAAGAUGCACAUCGAGGUGCAGGUGGCACUAAAUUUCGUUAUAUCGUAUCUAUAUAACAAGUUACCACGGAGGAGGGUCAACAUAUUUGGGGAGGAACUUGAAAAAGCAUUGAAAGAUAAGUUCAAAGGUCAUUGGUAUCCGGAGAAACCGUUCAAGGGUUCGGCAUUCAGAUGCCUGAAAACUGGAGAUCCCGUAGACCCUGUCCUGGAACGUGCAGCUAAAGAAAGUGGUGUACCGAUUCAAGACAUCCUUGAAAAUUUACCAGCCGAAUUGGCCGUUUGGGUGGACCCUGGUGAGGUCAGUUAUCGAAUAGGCGAGAUGAAUGCCGUGAAAAUUCUCUACUCGGAAACCGGUGAUCCCCAUGACGAGAGUUCAGCCGAUCGAGAGGUCACCAAAACUUUCAAUCCAGAGGCCCAAUGCUUCAGACCUAUCGAGGCUGUCGGUACGUCUUUGGGUGGUCUCAGUCUAAGUCCCAAAUCCACCUCGCCCUUCCCGAAUUCUUUAGCCAGUAGCAACAGUAGCAGCAAUGGCUCAUCCAACAAUCAGCAGAACAGUCAUGGUUCCGGUUCUUCCUCGGCACCCUCGCCUACGCCGAUUGGCAACUCGUUCAAGGGUUCGCCAAGUCCCGUACCAAACUUCAUACCGCGUACAACGGCACCGCUCACCUUCACGACUGCCACCUUCGCUCAAACGAAAUUCGGCAGCACCAAGCUGAAGACUAGCAGCAAACGAGCGAACAGGAUGUCACCAACCGAGUUUUCGAAUUAUAUAAAGCAGCGUGCGAUGCAACAACAGAUUCAUCACCAUCAUCAUCAUCAACACCAGCAACAGGCGGCGGCAGCGGCGGCGGCGGCACAGCAGCAACAGCAACAACAGCAACAACAGGCGGUGGCACAGCAACAACAGGCACAGCAGCAAGCACAGCAACAGCAGGUUCAACAACAAGGUGGUAGCACCGGUGCCGGGGGUCUACCAGUUGUGUCGCAGAGUUCACCGAGCAAUCGCAGCCUAUCACCUGGCAGCAUAGUGGGUGGUGGUGGGGCCGCAACUCAACAGCACACGGAUCCGAGCGCAUAUUUCUUCCAGCACGGACCAGCUGCUGCAGCUGCCGCUGCUGCGGCUACCGCGGCUUAUCAUCCGCAAUUCUCUCAUCGCAAUAUUUUCGAUUCCUCGAGCCAUGGCGGUUACCUGGCCAGCGAUCUUUACGCAGGUGCCGCCAAAUUCCCGUCGUCCUACCUCGACCCAGGUACGAUCGCCGGAUACCAGUUUUACGGUGGUAGCGUCAACGGUACCAGCGGUGGUACCGGAACCGGCGCCAGUACCAACGCCGGUGGUGCAACCAGCAACGGCAUCCUCGCAACUGGCAACGGUGCUAACGCCCAAAACGCCACCAAUCUGGGACCUGUUGGAUCAGCUGCGACACCCAGCACUACUGGCACCGUCAACGCAGCGACGGCUCAACAACAGCCCGACAAAAAUGCUCUCGUCGAGGGAUUGAACAAUUUCGGACUAGGAUCGGUGGCACCCUAUCCUGCCAGCCAAUAUCAGCAUCUCCUCGUAGCCAAUUAAUAUCCUGCGCGUUUAGACGCUGCUAGGCAAGUUGCCACGCGCCUAACGAUACGUUCCCCGGUUUCGAGACGUUCCUCCUCGGCAUCUCCCACUUUACCAGGACGACUUUUACCAACCUUUAACAAGAUUGUUAAUCCAUCGAUUUGUCGUCUACAAAUUAUGAAAUCCCCAUAAGGAGAAAUAGAACAAAACAAAAUGAAAAUCUGAACAACGCAAGAGAGGACAACACUUUUUAUUUGACAUCUUUCCCGUUCUCUGAAUACAAACAUGAGGAGGAAAUAAUCGUCAAGAGAGAGAGAACAAACCAAACCGUGGGAACGUUAUCGUUUUAAUUGACACAAAUGUCAAAACAAAAUGUAAAAAAAGAAAAAAAAUAUUGAAAAAAAAAAAAAAACAAUAACUACUAAAAGAAAACCUCUGACGAUUAAAGACGACGUGAACGCAGACACAGUGUGCAGUUGUUGUUUGUUCGAUACAAUCGAAUCGAAUCACACACACGAAUUCGGGUAUUCUGGUCGAACAUAUGUUAACACCUCUGCACAACUUUAAUACACCCAUAGUCAUUAUUAUUAUUGACAUGGAAACGUAUCAUAUACGUACAUAUACAUACAUAUAUAUAUAUAUAUAUGUAUUUAUGCACACACAUACACACAUAUUAUUAAUAUAGAACAUAAUACACGUCCCGAGAUAAAAGAUGGUACACGCAUAUAGUUACAUACACACACAUAUACAUAUACACAUACAAACAAGUAUCUCAGAAAGAAAAAUAAUCCAUAAUCCUAGAAAAAUGAUUUACAGGUGAGAAUAGUUGAUGCUACUCAUUGAAUUAUGCGAUACAUUUUUCGAAAAAGAGAUAAAAUAAACACUGACUAACCUGACAGGUAAAAAAAAAAGGGUCCGUUACCGAAGAUGACGGUCCCAAUUACACGUAUUACAUUUAAAAUAAUACACACAUACAUACAUACAUACAUACACGUACACAUAACACACGUACACGUACAUAUUACCAAAACGUAAUAAUUUAUUUUUUCACUGGGUAUAGUCGAAGAAUUGAUAAUGAAUAUGACUUUAGAGCCUAUGUAUUAUAUUGAAGAUGCACUCACACAUUUACGGGUUCUCGCGAAAACAAAUUUAGAAAGAAAGAAGAAGAAGAAGAUGAUGAUGAUGAUGAUGAUGAUGAUUGUAUCUGUCAAUUCCUGUCACGUGACGACGGAUAUUUAUUUAAAACGGGGGUUGAAUAUAAUAAGAAGAGGAGGAAGAAGUUAACAGGGGGUGUGAUCAAAAACGAUUAGCAGGAAAGGAGGGGGUUACGGUAAAAAAAAAAAGAAAAGAAAAAAUAUCUGAUAACCUCUGUAAAAAAUAUAAGGGUUGGACAAAAGGGAAGAAGCACGGAUAUAACAAAAAAAAAAAAG